AUGGCCGAGACGGCGCCGGCCGUGCAGGUUGCCUCCGCUGCCCCCGAGAAGCCGGCGGCUGCCAAGAAAGCUAAGAAGCCAGUCAAGGCGGGAGCCCCCGCCUCUAAGAAGAAGCCCGCGGGCCCCUCGGUGUCGGAGCUCAUCGUGCAGGCCGUCUCCACCUCCAGCGAGCGCAGCGGGGUGUCGCUGGCCGCGCUCAAGAAGGCGCUGGCGGCCGCCGGCUACGACGUGGAGAAGAACAACAGCCGCAUCAAGCUGGGCCUCAAGAGCCUGGUGAGCAAGGGCACCCUGGUGCAGACCAAGGGCACCGGCGCCUCGGGCUCCUUCAAGCUCAACAAGAAGGCGGCGGCCGGCGAGGCCAAGGCCGGCGCCGGGAAGGUGGCGGCAAAAGCUAAGCCGACGAGCGCUUCCAAGAAGCCCAAAAAGGCCGCCGGGGCCGUGGCUAAGAAGGUCGCGAAGUCUCCGAAGAAGGUGAAGAAGCCGGCGGCAGCGGCCAAAAAGCCCUCCAAGAGCCCAAAGAAGCCCAAAGUCGUCAAGGCCAAGAAGGUGGCUAAGAGCCCUGCUAAGGCCAAGGCGGUGAAGCCCAAGGCGGCCAAGGCGAAGGUGACGAAGCCAAAGACGGGUGCCAAGCCCAAGAAGGCAGCACCCAAGAAAAAGUGAAGUCCUGGUUGGAAGCUGCUUCCAGUAACCCAACGGCUCUUUUAAGAGCCACCCCCAUCUCUCAGUUAAAAGCUGUAUACACGGUCGCCAGGUUGCAGGUCGGGUCCCCGUGCUGGCAUGCACACUUGGGAGGGUGGUAUGGAGGGUUCCUGGGUCUCUGGAGGCCUCCCCAGACACACAUGAGGACACCACGGUGAGUUCAGGUGCACCAAGUUUGGGUGCCUCAGCCCUUCCAAUUGGCUACCUUGUUAGUCACCUGAGCAAUCCCACACCCCAGGGCUGGUGCUAUGGUAUAGUGGGUUAAACUGGCUGGCAUCCCAUAAUGGUUCGUGUCCCGGCUUUCCAUCCCACUUCCUGCUAAUGGCCUGGAGAAGUAGCCCAGGUGCUUGGAGGAUGAAGCUCCCGCCUUGGCCCAUCCCAGGUCCGCUGAACCAACAGGUGGGAGCUCUCCCGCCCAGGUAGUGAGCCACCUGUUACUUUUCAGCCUAA